AGUAGGCUGGCAACACAACAGCCAUGUGUUUUAGCUCCGCGCUUUGAAGGGCACCAAAAACUUUUUAGAACUGGUUCUGAGAAGCAUUGUAGUGACAGAGGAAAAAAAGAAAGAGAGAGAGAGAACAGAGAAACAGGGAGUGAACUUAAAGAAGGAGUAAAUGUGUGUGGGAGGAAGAUGAGGCAGGAAAGGCCACAGAGAUAAAUAAGCCGCGUUUUAUGUGAUGUUUUGAUAGGAGAUACUUCUGCUGGACGAAUUCACAACAGUUGGUCCACAGUUCUUUCAAAAGAUGCAGCGUGAAGACCUGUCUGGUAGAGAAGAGUUCACCUACAGCCGCACGUCCACACUGGAGAGGAGCAAUGGGACAUUGGGGCGGAGGGGCGACAGGAGUCUGGAGAGAAGGCCAGACCGGGGGGAGAGGGAGAGGCCAGAGCGUGACAGCUAUACAGUGGACGUGAGGGCCAGUGACCUGCAGCUGGCCCAGCCGGAGCCUCUAAAGCAUCCCUGCUUCAGCUACAGGGCCUGGCUCUACAGUGUCCUCAUAGGGGGGAGUCUGCUCAUCACAUCUGGUUUCUCCCUGUACCUGGGAAAUGUCUUUCCUGUUGCCAUGGACUACUUGCGCUGUGCUGCAGGCUCAGGUAUCCCUGCAGCAAUAGCAAGCUUUGCUAUUGCCAAGAAACGACGUGUUGCAGUGUCAGACUUCCAGGUCGUCUACGUGUCGACAUUUGCCGUGACGACAACCUGUCUUGUCUGGUUUGGCUGUAAACUGGUCUUGAAUCCUUCUGCUGUCAAUAUAAACUUUAACCUGAUCUUGAUGAUUGUGCUGGAGGUGUUGAUGGCCACCACUGUCAUACUGUCGGCCCGCUCUGCAGACGACUGCUGCUGCCACAGAAAGUCCUAUGACAGACCUGUGGUAGUAAAACCUGCGGUGUUCCCUACUCGACUCCUUAAAGCAUAUUCUGUUAUUGAAGUCAUUGUGGGAAUCUCUGCCGUGUUCGGAGGGAUUAUCGCCCUCAACAUGGACGCUCUGCUUCCUGGUCCAUACUUGUCUGUCACAUUUUUCUGGAUCCUUGUAGCUUGUUUUCCAAGUGCAAUUGCCAGUCAUGUUGUGUCAGAAUAUCCCAACAAAUGUCUGGUGGAGGUGCUGAUUGCCAUCAGCAGCGUGACGUCUCCCCUCCUCUUUUCAGCCUCGGGUUUUCUUUCUAGCAGUGUGAUCAGUUUUAUUGAUAUUUUUCUGCACGACGUGCCUACAGCCAAGCAAUCCUAUGACAUCCUGCUGUUGAUUCUGAUGGUGCUGCUGCUGGUGCAGGCAGUACUUACUUCAGCCACUGUGGUGCACUGUGCAACAUACAAGAGUCUGCUCCGCAUGGGGGCUCCAGAGUGUGAGGACAGCUUACAGACUGCAACUCAUUACCAUGAGCAGCAAACCCCCAAUGGGACGCUGCAGGAUUACGACAAAGACAGAGCCUGGAAGGCAGUUUUGGUCCAAAUGGCCCAGUGAGAAAUCUUGUCUUGUCUACAGAGGUUUGCCUUGCAGAAGGAAAAAUCAGAGAAGGGAACGAUGAAGAAAACCCCAUAAGGAUGAGAAAAACAAAAGAAAUGACCCAGGAAAGUGGAGCUGAAAAUAAAGAACGAAAGACUAAUAAGAAAGUUUUUAAGAGCUUUGUUGUUGCUUUUCUUCUUUUUCAUUUGCAUAAAAAUGUUGUGGCCAUUUUUUCUGUUUUAGGGAUAUUUUUUUGUACCAUUAAUUAAUUGUAACUAUUUUUAGAGAGUAUUUUAUCAGAAAACCUAAUUUUAAAAAUCUUUAUUGUUAAGAAUGUAUAAUAAUCACCUGAGGUAAAUGGUUCUGUGGCUUGAUUCCACAUAUAGCUCAUCAUUAGACGUUUGAAAUUACACUUUGAUGCAUACAAAAAAAAUUUUUUUUCCUCAGUUGAAAGAAUGAUUUCAAAAGUUCUUCUGUAAUGUGAUAUAUAUAUUUAUAAUGAUGUUUACUGAUUUCCGUAUUUAGAAUAAUGACUCAUAGUAUAUCUUAGCAGAUUUUGUUCUUCUUUGUCCUUGUGGUUUGAGAUGUUGCAACGUUUUUAUUACAAAGUAGCUGAUCUGUUAUUGCAGACACAAAGAUGUGAUGCAAAGAGAAAGGGCUGAAAUGUUUUUUUCAAAUAAAACUUGUUUGGAAAUUA